AGAAACCUUUGUUUUGUUUCCUUUUAAAUUUCAUCUGUUGUUCUCUUCUUAAUUUUCAGAUUUCGAAUGCCAUAUUCUGAUAUCUUUUCAUUCUCACACUUCAUGUUGUCAUUACCUUCAACAUGUUGAUACUCCUAUACUGAGAAACCUCUGUCUGAAAUUUCAGCUAUUCUUCUCAUUCUUGAUACUCCUAUACUUAAAAGACUGUUUGUAGUUUGUUUCUGGUUGGCUAUUAGGCGAUCUGUUAUCUGAUUUUCAACAGAAGUGUCAGAUAUCUUUUUCUUCUCAUCAUGUUGUCCUUACCUUCAAAAUCUUCAUCUAUUUCUAGACAAAAAUACGAUGUUUUUUUGAGUUUUAGUGGUGAAGAUACCCGCAACAACUUCACAGAUCAUCUCUAUGAUGCUCUAAAGAGGAGUGGAAUUGUCACUUUCAGGGAUGAUCCAAGGCUGGAAGUCGGAGAAGAGCUCGCACCCGAGCUCUUCAAAGCAAUUCAACAAUCAUGGUGCUCAGUAAUCAUUUUCUCGAAAACAUAUGCCUUUUCAGGUUGGUGCUUGGAGGAGCUUGCUGAGAUUAUUAAACAAAAGAACAACAAGGAUCAUAAGGUAUUUCCAAUUUUUUAUGAUGUGGAUCCGUCUAAUUUGAGAAAACAGAAAGAAAAAGUUGAAAAAGCCUUUGCUAAACACGAAGAGAGAUAUAAGGAAGACAAAGACAAAAUCCGAAGGUGGCGGAAUGCUUUGACUCAAGUGGCUAACAUCAAGGGAUGGCAUUUAAAUAACAGGUAAUUCGUUCUCUUCUUUAUUUUCUACUAUCAAGCUUAAUGAUUGCAGUUUUAUUUUUUCUUUUUCUGUAUUAUCUAUUAUUUAUGAAAUUUUCAAAAUUUUUAUUUUAUAGUGUUAUC